UUGAAGGUAGAACGUGUUAAGGCUGCAACUAUGGAAUAGAUUACUGGAGUAUUCACGUUCUCCUCUCCACCACGCCACUAGUGGCCUUACUGGCUCGGAUGUCUUUGGUUCCGUAUCCUGCUAUAAGAUACACCAAGGAAAGCAAAGAUUUCAGGACAAAAUCUCAACAACCUCAGCAAAAUCUCGACUCGUUUCAUCAGGCGUAUCAGCACAAUGACCACGGUACUUGUAAUCGGCGCCUCUGGCAAGGUGGGCUCGCAAGUUGUUAAGGAGCUCGAUGCCAAUCACGAAGGCAUCCACGUACGUUUAGCCACAAGCCGGGCCGAGACCGCUGAACAAUGGCGCCAACAAGGACGACAAGCCGUCAUCCUCAAUCUCGACGACCCGAACACCCUACCAUCAGCAUUGCAAGGUAUCGACAGGCUCUUCAUGGUUACUGGCUACACGGCAGACAUGCUGUACCAAAGCAAGAUGCUUAUCGAUGCGGCGGCAGCUGCUGGUGUUAAGUUUGUAGUUCACCUUGGUGUCUAUAGUUCAGGCCGGGAUCACAUUCCGCAUUUUAGCUGGCACGAUAUGAUCGAAACCUACAUCAAAGCUUCUGGAAUGGCUUGGACCAAUCUGCACCCAAACGUCAUCCUAGAUUCUCUGUUGGUGACUGAGCCAUCAACCAUCGAGAAAGGCUCUUUUGAUGUUAUGUGGGGUGAGGCCGCAUUGGGCUGGGUUUCAGCUGCUGAUAUCGGUACUUUGGCAGCCGCGGUGCUUCGCGAGGGACCCGAGAAGCACGCUGGUGCUGAUUACGGCUUGAGCCCAGAAAUCCUCACUGGUCCACAGGCUGCCGAGAUCAUCACUCAAGCCACCGGAACGAAGAUCGAAUGCAACGUCUACAAUUCAGAGGCGCUCAAGGCUUACGUCGCGACAAUUUCGGAUGCUGGAACCCGUCUCUACCUCAACAGCGCUGUGCAGACGAUGCGUCUUGGGGAAUCUGGGCAAAUGCGUUACCAAGCUACCAAACGUGACGACUUCGAGAUUGUCAUUGGCCGGCCUGCGACAACGCUGUACGAUUGGGCACGUCAGAACUUGGUUUCAUAGGUAUGAGACGGUUCUGUUUGGUCUCCUAGCAUGAAGAGUAUCCCAGACGAAAUCCAUUCUCAUGGAUAACUGGGUUGGGAAACACCGGGAUGUGCACGGGAGGGUUCCAGGGUGCAAAGCUGCUACCAUGUCUUCUUUUACACAAAGGCACGGGUUUCUUGGAUGUAUUAUAAUCGAGCGGGCUUGAACUGCGAUAGUGCCCCAAUGCACUGGAUUGGACGAGCUUUCCCUUGAAGGUUUUCUUAUGUCCAUCUUUGCAAGCUUUGUGACAUACGUGAGACCAUCGAAAUUGUCUCUGAGGGAUU